AUAAAGGUUCUGGUGAGGCUGUGCAUUUUAUGCCUCAUUAUCAGGUUGGUACACAACUUGCACUCCAUUGUAUACACUAGAAUUGAUAGCAAUGACCUAAGAGUUGAGAUAACUUGGGUAUGUGCUUCUCUGUUAAAUAACUUCAGAGGUGGUUAAUGUGUGACAUUCACCCCCGCAACACCAUCACCACCAACAAAUCACCUCGCCAGGUCCUGCUAUAAAAGUGAGUGAAGUGUUGGACACUGACCAUCUCCACCUCCACUCCAUCGAUCUCCAUCUCCAUUCGCUCCCAGUCUAGGUCCAGCAUGGAGAAGACACUUAGGACAACAGUCGAUAGCUCCUACAGCAGCCGCUCCUACACCGGCCCUGUGACUGGCACCGUGAGGAAGAACUACUCUGUGUGCAGCUCCUAUGGGAGCACCGGCGGGGCAGUUAGGGUGGUUGGAGGGCAGCUCGUAAACUCAGGAAUGUAUGGUGGGAGUAUGGAUUAUAUGUAUAGAGCAGGAAUGGGACCAGGAGCCGGUCGGGGUCCUGUCGUGUUCCCCCCACUGACUGCUGUGACGGUCAACAAGAGCCUCCUGACUCCACUGAACCUGGAGAUUGACCCUAAAAUCCAAGCCAUUAGAACUGAGGAGAAAGAACAGAUCAAGACCCUGAACAACCGAUUUGCCUCCUUUAUUGAUAAAGUGCGUUUCCUGGAGCAGGAGAACAAACGGUUGGAGACCAAGUGGAGCCUUCUGCAAGAACAGACCACCUCCAGCACUAGAAUCAACGGCAUGUUUGAGAACCACAUCGCCAAACUGCACAGACACCUGGACGGCCUGGACAAUGAAAAACGACACCUGGAGUGUGAUCUGAAUAACAUGAAGGGUCUGGUGGAGGACUUUAAACAAAAGUAUGAGGAGGAGAUCAACAAACGUACCGACUCAGAGAACACCUUUGUGCUGUUAAAAAAGGAUGCUGAUCAGUCUUACAUGAACACGGUGGAGCUGGAGACAUCACUGAACAACCUUAAAGAUGAGAUUGAGUUCCUGACACUGAUCUAUGAGCAGGAGCUGAAGGAGCUGAAAUCUCUGAUCGGAGAAACAUCAGUGGUGGUGGAGAUGGAUAACAGAAGAGACCUGGACAUGGAUGCUAUUGUAUCUGAAGUGCGAGCGCAGUAUGAUGAAAUCGCCAAACGAAACCGCACUGAAGCUGAGAGCUGGUACAAACAGAAGUAUGAAGAGCUGCAAGUUACGGUCACACAGUAUGGAGAAAACCUGAGAACAACUAAAGGUGAAAUCACUGAAUAUAACCGCAAAAUCCAGCGGAUGCAGUCCGAGCUCGAAGCCAUCAAGGGACUGCGCACCAGUCAGGAGCUUCAGAUCAAAGAGGCAGAGGAACGUGGUGAAAUAGCAUUGAAGGAGGCGAAACUCCGUGUACAGGAGCUGGAGGAGGCUCUUCAGAGAGCUAAACAUGACAUGGCCCGUCAAGUACGCGAGUACCAGUCACUCAUGAACAUCAAACUGGCUCUGGAUAUCGAGAUCGCCACCUACAGGAAGCUACUGGAGGGAGAGGAAAGCAGAUUGGUGCGUGGAGGUCAAUCGGUCAGCAUCUCCAGACAGACCUCGUAUCAGUCUCAUCUGCUGGAAAGCAGCAUGGUCAUGUCCCCCGCUGCUCGUGUUGCAGGUCUGGGCAGUGAGACUACGGUCAUUCACACCGAUUAAGACCAUUAAAGUCCUGGUCUGAAGGACAAGACAGAGUCUUGACUGGAAGAAGAACUCAAGACCCUAAGAAAUGAUCUCAUUCAGCAUAUUUUGAACCCCCCCCAUGUUUUAAAUCUCCACCUCUCGCCUUGGUCACUGAAUGUAUUCUUCUUGUUUUCCACUAAUAAAACUUUUAUCCCCGAUGAUGACUGAAUAUUUCAAGCAAUGUACUGAGUAUAUGGUCCAGUGCAUCUUCUAAAGCACUUAUUUUUCAUUUGUCUAU